UGUCGAGCGAUGAAAUAUUAUGUUAUUUGCGUGGACGUGAGAAGGGAGAAAGUAUAUGUUUUGGAUAGUCAGAACGAGUCAAUGGAACACUGUCGGGAUGAAAAAUACCAAACUACAAUUGGACUACUGAAAAGUAUGCUUGCGGACUAUAUGGCCUAUGCAGGGCAUGUGCAUAGGAGCAAUAUAGUGAGGCGCAGUAAGAUGACGGUGGUCCAAAUAAAGUGGGGGGAUUUCAAAAAUAUAAAUGACACCGGUGUUUACAUGAUGCGGCACAUGGAGAUGUUUAUGGGUGAUUUGUCGUCGUCGUGGACAUGUGGUCUAGCUCCAAAACUGAAGAAGCAAUUAAAUCUUUUGAGGGUGAGGUACUGUGCAUCCCUCAUUGGAUGGGAGAAGAACCAAGUUAAAGAUGCAAUCGUGACAAGCGCCAACGAUGCUUAUGACUUAAAGGCUGUGAAUCCAAGUCUCAACAUCGACGCGAAAUUGCUUGGAUGAGUAUAAAAUCUGCUUGCUUUAUGCUUUAUGGAAUGGUAUAAGACAUAUUUGGUGUUUAGUUCAUACGUUAUUUUAUCUAUUGACGAUCAAAUACAUGGUUAAUUGUGCGGCAUUAUGAUAUUUAGACUAUUUCAGUU